UCCCUCCUUCUGACACCGUUAGGCAGCGUCCAUCAGCUACAAGUUUGCGCUAAACUGCGCGACAUAGUAGAUUUAUACAUCAUAUAACAUGAAGAAAAAUGGACGAGGGAUUGAUGCCAGCGUGCAGGUUUAGCGUCAGCACUCUGGUAUUGUGCGCAAAAGUGGCACAAAAUGCGUAACGUGGAAAUGAAAGAGCGCAUCGGUAUGAACUUCAGGAAACUGAGGGUGAUAGUGAGUCAGCCCAUGAACUUCCUCAUUUGAGGCAGUCGGCAGACAGCAGCAGUGGUCUGUAACACUGAAACAUGUCGCUGACAGGCCGUCUUGAAACCGGGCUGGAGUUCAUUGAAUUCCUGGGAGACAGAGUGUCCAACACCAACAAGGAGCAACUUCGUGACAUCUACAACUCUGAAUUCAGGGGCAGAAAAGGAAUAAAGGAUCCCAAUUUUUCCAACGUUGUCUAUGCUCUUGUGAAAUUCAACAAAGCUUCAAUAAGACAAGGGAAACUCUUCCUAAAUGUCAAACCUAAGGUUCAAGUGUACUGUGACCAGUGGAGGAAGCCCCGGGCCCCUCAGCAGCCAGGCACCUCCGGCUCUAGCCCUCAGAAGACAAAAAAGACACCGGAGCGCUCCCCUGGCCCGUCACUGCCUGUGCUGACCCCCAAGAAAAAGCUGGCUACAGAAAUACUUAGCAAGUUAAAGGUGAACAGGAAAAAGUUGACAGCAGACAAGUGGGGCAUUGUGAUCACUUCGGACCCCGUGUCAACAGGUGGAAAGGUUCAGUUCACUGUGGAUCGUCUGAGAGAGUUGUUCAUCCUCAAGUUUCACAUUCUAAACAAGGGCACAAACUGCAUCCACUUCACCUACUACACUGCGCUGCACAAGAUGGGCUGUUUCACCUUGGAGGAUAAGAGGAGAGUCACCAGAGCCUGUCCACUGUUUCUCUGUCCGGGAGAAAGCUAUGAAGUUGUCGUUCGGUACAUGCUGAAUCAAUACGGAUAUUUCCCAACCACAAUGUACUUUGAAUUCUGCCCGGAUCUGCCAGCAUCCGUACCCUUUUGCAUUGUGAGGGAGAUUGAAGCGUUAGCCAGGACGCCUCUGGCUGUGGAUCUCGGGCCCGUGUCCCCUUACAAACCAUUUAAGCUGGUCACACGCAAGGCUGUCAACACCGUGAUAGUGGAGGGAAUACCUCCUCAGAGCUCUGUUGUCCAUCCUCUAAAGAUGGCAGUGAAACUACCAGAAUACAAGUACCAAACGUACCUAAAGGAACUGGCUAAACAAGGGAUGGAGGACUCUGAGUAUCUCUCUCCAGCUCUCAGGCAGAGACUCCCAUCAGUAAAGGGUGUCCUCAACUCUGCCUUAAAGAUGAAGACAUACUCUCAUCGAUUUCACCUCUUGCUACACCUAGAAGAGAUACAGAUGGAGGCAGACAUCAGGAAGUAUGACCUGCCUAAUCAAACCAUGACUCAGGACCAAAGCAACAAAAAACUGCUCAUACUCAGAGUUCCCGGUGUUGCUGAGAAUCGACCAUCUGUGCUACGUGGGGAUUGUCUGAAGGUGGCCAAGUCUGAAGACAAAGUCGAGCCGAUCAUCAAGUACAACGGAUAUGUUCACAGAGUGGAGCUGGAUAGGGUGAAGCUGGGCUUCUCGAAGAAGUUGACUGAUAUUUUUAUCAGCAAUAUGAAGUUUAAUGUGGAGUUUGAGAUCAACCGGUACCCCUUGAGGCUGCAGCAUCGUGCAGUGGAUUUGGCAGUCAACCAUCAGCUCGAAGAAGUGCUGUUCCCAUCUGGUGCAGCAGAGGCUAAUCUCGCCAUGCCUAAGCUCAGGAUAUUAAAUCAUCAGUUGGAAAACAACCCACAGCAACAUGCGGCGGUGCAGCGCAUUGUAGCCGGAUCAUCAAAGCCUGCUCCUCAUCUUGUGUUUGGGCCUCCUGGAACUGGGAAGACAAUCACUCUGGUUGAGGCUAUGAAUCAGGUCAGCAGGGCAGAUCCGUCGGUCCACAUCCUCGCCUGUGCACCUUCAAACAGUGCAUGUGACCUUCUCUGUGAGAGACUACUGGUGCACAUGGAUUCUCACAAGGUUUACCGUAUGUACGCCAGCAGCCGAGACCCAAGAAAUGUCCCCAAGAACCUCCUGAAAUGUUGCAACUGGGACCCGUCACAAGAUUCUUUCGUGUUUCCAGAGGCAGGAACUCUGAUGAAAUACACAAUCGUAGUUACAACUAUGAUCACAGCUGGGAGACUGGUGAGUGGAGGAAUCCCCGUCGGCCAUUUUACCCAUGUCUUCUUGGAUGAAGGAGGUCAGGCAGUGGAGCCAGAGUGUGUCAUCGCUAUUGCAGGUCUGCUCGAGGCAGGGAAGGGUCAGUUGGUGGUGGCAGGAGAUCCCAAACAGCUGGGACCGAUCCUUCGAUCACCUAUCGGACUGCAGCAUGGACUCGGGCUCUCUCUGCUUGAGAGACUGAUGAAGGAUAACCCUUUAUAUCAGAAAAGUGCAGACUCUGGACACUUUGAUACCCGCUUUGUCACCAAACUGCUGCGAAACUACAGAUCUCAUGCUGCCAUUCUGAAAAUCCCCAAUGAGCUGUUUUAUGAGAAUGAACUGCAGGUGUUUGCUGACCAAUGGGAUCGUGAGGCCUACUGCAACUGGGAACACCUUCCCAAAAAGGGUUUCCCAGUGAUCUUCCACGGAGUGGUGGGCAAAGACGAGAGAGAGGCCAACAGUCCUUCCUUCUUCAAUGUGUCUGAAAUUGAAGUUGUGGUCGACUACCUGACCAAGCUUAUAGAAACACAAGGAAAGAAGGGUCUCCCCAAACUGUCUGCAAAAGACAUCGGCAUAAUCGCCCCCUACAGGAAACAAGUCGAGAAAAUCCAAAAGGCCCUGAGGUCCGUCUCAGCUCUGAAAAAAUUGAGUGAUCUCACAGAGCUCAAGGUGGGUUCUGUGGAGGAGUUUCAGGGACAAGAGAGGAGGAUCAUCGUGGUCUCUACCGUCCGCAGCAGCAUCAACUAUGUCAAGAUGGACAAAGAUUUCAGCCUUGGAUUCCUGACAAAUGAAAAGAGAUUCAACGUGGCUAUGACCAGAGCCAGGUCCCUGUUGAUUGUUGUGGGAAACCCUGUGAUCCUCAACAAAGACCCUAUUUGGAACAAGUUCAUCAGCUACUGCGUGCAGGAGAAGGGUUACACUGGAUUCAACUUUAAAGAUGCAGAAGGAGAAGAUGAUAUUGUGUCAAGACUGGCAACCCUGAAAAUCAACAUGGAUUCUGACAGCCCUGCAUCAGAGGAGAGCCCCCUCCAGCAGUAUGUGGACCCUGAAUGGAAGAAUGAGCAUUAACAUACACAACACCAUGAGCAGUGUCAUCUUCUAAAAAUGACCAGAGUUUAGAAUUUGUCUCUUCGAGCUUUAAACACACUAAAACAUCUAUUAUUUUACAAUAUAUCCUUUUCAUGAAACUUUCUAUGAGCAGUUUGUGCUCUAAAAAAAAUCUGAUUUUGGUUACAAUGCCAGAAUGAACAGGAAAAUUUUCAUUCUUGACUUUUUCCACUUUGUCUCUUCAGUGGCGUUUUAAAUAUAGCUGCCACUUGAUCGAGAAAGUACGAUGAGCACAAAUGUUGCUUCACACGAGCAAUUCUUUUUCUGGGUAAGAAAAUAAGAAGCAGAUUAUUGUUUCUCGGGAGUUCAUCACCGUUUGUCUUAACUGCUUUUGCACUUAAAUUUCUGAAGACUGAAGAAAUAAACUUUGAUUUUUGAUAACCUUAACUUUGAUCAAUCAAUAAAUUUAUUGUUACUA